GUAUUUGUGUGAUCAAUAAGGCCUUUGGCCAUUCCCACUGAUCAAUCAACAACAAACUUUAUUUUACUCAUCCACUUAUUCUGUCUAUCUUUCUCUUUCUUAUUCUUCCUCCUCUCAUCUUAUUCUUCUUUCUUCCUCUGCAUAUUUUCGAAUCUUAUUUUCUUGCAACCAAAUCUCUCAAGAAAGUUCUAGAUCUUGUUCAAUUUCUUCACUUCAGAUGAAAGUAGAUAAAUAUUAGUGAUUCUUCGAAUUCCGCAUCUGUGUGAGAAGAUCAUACAUCCCCUGGCUUAAGUGGAAUGUCUCGUUAAGCUGAUUGUUUAGCUUUAGCUGAGAUUUCAGUUACAAAAUCAAUGAUGGAUUCACAGCCAAUCAACGCAGAGCAACAACCAACCACCCAAACUCUCCACCACCAAAUGAUCCCUUCCGAGUUGACUCAAGACGAGUUCGCCGAGUUAACCAACUCAAUCACCGAGUUCCACACCUACCAACUCGGUCCGGGCCGCUGCUCCUCCCUCCUCGCCCAACGCAUCAAAUCCCCGCCGGAGACCGUCUGGUCCGUCGUGAGACGCUUCGACAAGCCUCAGACAUACAAACACUUCAUCAAAAGCUGCUCCGUCGACGAAGGCUUCGAGAUGCGCGUGGGGUCCACGCGCUACGUGGACGUGAUCAGCGGCCUUCCCGCGAACACGUCGAGGGAGAGGCUCGACCUCCUCGACGACGGUCGGAAGGUGACGGGGUUUAGCAUCACCGGAGGGGAGCACAGGCUGAGGAACUACAAGUCGGUGACGACGGUUCACGGGUUCGAGAGAGAAGGGAGGGUUUGGAGCGUUGUGUUGGAGUCUUACGUUGUUGAUGUGCCGGAAGGGAACUCGGAGGAGGAUACGCGUUUGUUUGCUGAUACUGUGGUGAAGCUGAACCUGCAGAAACUUGCGUCGGUUGCUGAAGGGAUGGAACGGAAUAGCGCCGGUGAGGGGAGAGAGUCUCCGGUGAUGUGAUAUGUUUGGUGGAGGAAGAAUAAAUGAGAAUACGACAAAAAUUGGGGAAUAUUCUUCUUUUUUUUUCUCUAUGUUUAAUUUCAUUUGGAAAAAAAAAGACUUUUAAUGAAUUGUAAUUGGCUCCUUUGAUUAUUGAUAUAUUUCGUUUUUAACUCUUGUUCUCUCCUGGAUAAUUGGAAACUGGAGUUAAAGUGUUAGAUAGCAUUUAAGGGUAAAAUUAUUUUCGGUUAGCCAGGAACUGAUGAUAACAACUUUAAUAUUUUUAAUAAAAAAAUUGUAAUUUUAGUUUGUACUCUCGUAUUACGAAUUUAUUGUAUUUUUAGAU